AUGCAGCCGCCCAGCAGCGCGGCGCUCGCGGGCGCCCACCUCGCCUUCCAGGUGUUCCACCAGGCAAUGGACGACUGGCACAACCGCACACCCUCCCUGGCCAGCAGCGCGGCCAGCAUGCAGAGCGCCAAGGACCAGCCCAAGCGCCCAGGCGCCCCCGCGGGCGACGCCGCGGCGGCAGAGGGCGAGGGGGAGGGGGAGGGGACGCCGAUGGUGGAGGACGGCCCAGAGGACGAGGCUGGGGAGGACGGGGAGGCCCCCAUGGCCUCCGCCUCGGCCAGCGGCCACCGCAGCAACAGCCUGAAGCGCGGCCAGCCGUCCGCGGCCGCCAAGGCCAAGGGCGUGCCGCGCGGCGAAGGCGGCGGCGGCGGCGGCGGCGGCGGCAACAAGGAGGGCGCGGGGGCGGCGGGGUGUGACAGCGACAGGGACGAGGCGAGCAGCAAGCGGCGCCACCAUCGGGGCGGGAACGGCAACAGCGCCGCUGGCAACGGCGGCGCCGGCGCCGGUGCGAGCGAGCCGCUGGCGACAGCGACAGCGACAGCGCACAAGAGCUGA